GACUUCCGUGUUGCGCAAUUUGUUCCUCGCCGAGCGGAUUGAGGGCACAGCUGACUGCAAUUUCAGCAGCGAGGUGAUUUGGGACUGUGUACACCACGUUGGCCUUUGGAAUCAUCGUGGUGUCGUGGAGACACCAGACCUGCUUUCAGCUGUGAAGCCUUUCUGAUAAUAAGUCUGGUUCGAAAGGUCGACAGGUCGAAAGGUCCUGUCCUCUCUCCUCCACUCCGCUCCGCCCCUCGCAUCUCUCUCGUCGCUUUUCUGGCAGCAGAGAAAACGAAGAUGCUUGAUUAUUCAUCUCUCCUUUCGCCCAUACUCCAGCUGAAAGUUCUCCUCCAAUGCUACCCCGUUGAUCUCUCGAAUGGUACAUUAGGCUCCCUGCCAUCUUUCCCUCCGGAACCUUCCACAGUGACCGAUUGGGUCAGCUCUGAAUAUUCAGUUCUGUAAGCACCGAACAGUCUGAGAAUCAAUCACAAUCAGCGAAAAGAGAAAGAGCAUGGAGUGAAUGGGCAAAUGGUUGUGAUCCAAACCGGGUCGCAUGAGAAAGCAAUAAAGUGUCACAACCGCAUGAACAAGGUUGCAAUAAUGUGGCCAAAUCAGAAGUGACGCCGAAGUGCGGGGACCGGGUUACCCGAGGUUCCGGUCGUCCAACGAGUCGGGCACCUCUGGGAUCGAAUAUGCCCGCGAACAUUCGCCCCAUCAUGCUUUACAAGACACCGGAAUAAAGAGCUAGACUGUCCAAGGCCGUACGUACACCCGCGACCCGAAAUCCGACGAGAAAAAACGUCCGGUGAGUACGAAGUUCCCAUUUGCGUCACUCUGCGCUUACCGAAGGAAGGAAGGAAGAACGAGAGGGCGAGCCGGUCCUUGACAUAUCCGGAGGUAGAAGACGAAUUCCAUCCAUCGAUUUCCGGUGGCCCAGAAGUAAAGAGCGAUGCAAUGCAAUCCCAUCCCAUCGAUGGCGAUGAUGUCCAUCGUGUGCACACUCUGGUGAGCUUUUGGGAUUCAUGGCCGCAGAGCGCGAACCCUCCUCGACUUGUGUCGCCUUGAGGGUCGUGUACAUGUCCACAGACAGAACAGAGCUAUCCAGCGUCACCACUCUCCACGACCACAUUCUCGUCUUGCGCCGCAAAUCUAGACCUCCGCAAAAGAAAUUCGCGGAGUGUGAAUCUCUAUUCUCCGGCAGCCUCGAUCGGCGUCGAGCUGCGGGCGGCGUGAGGGAGGAGGAGGUGUGCUCGGCUCGUCUCACUCGGUCGAUGGCUCUGGAUGAGGACGAUCUCACGGACCUCAAGGUUGAGCUGUUCCUUGCUGGUAUUUGUGGAAGAGUGAGUGCGGUUUCGGGACUCUGGUCGAUGAGAACGAGCAGAGUGGGUGCACAUCUCUCAUGUGUUUAAUUCGAGAAUCUCGACGCACCCACUCCAUGCGUCGUCCUUCCCUCCAGACCUUCGAGCAUCUGAUGCCGAUUCCUGGUAAGCUUUUGAGGAUUUGUAUUGUGUCCAGACAUGGACUCAGAAACUCAGAUCCAACGAGCGGAAAAUAUCCAAAACC